CCGCUUCGGCUUCUCCACAGUGUGAUGUCUGUUGCAUCUUGAUAAACUGCCGGUUCCCAAAUUCACUUUCUACCCGUUAACUUUACCCAAUCGUAUAUUACUUUUUUACAUUGCAAUAGUUUACAAAUACUGUAACGAUAUGACACGACCGGCUUUGCAGAAAGCAAGAUAAUAAUAAUAAUAAUAACAAUGUACAAUCCUGGAAACUGACACCUCUUCGACCAUCACAGGUAAUGUAAACAAGACGCUGGUAAGUCCAUCAGAGCGUCUAAUCGAGCUCCAGGUGAGACAGCUGCCUUGUUUAUUCUUACAGUUCGCACUUUGUGGACAGGAGGGCGGUUAGCAAGCUGUGUUGCUUCCUCCCCGAUCCGGAGUGGACGUCAGGACGGGACCCAGGCAGCGUUGCGCUGUGUUGUGCAGUUUAACCGCUCCACCCCGGGCAGAAAGCAAGCCCCCUGCGGAUAUGUGGUGGUUUCAGCAGGGUCUCUGUUUCUUACCCGCCGCUACUGUGGUGUGGGCUUCCGCGACGUUCAUUUUUUCUUACAUCACCGCCGUGGUCCUGCGUCACGUCGACCCCCUGGUGCCCUACAUAAGUGACACUGGUGCCAUGCCUCCGGAGAGAUGUGUGUUCGGGAUCAUGCUCAACAUCUCAUCAUUUUUAGGUGUUGCCACUGUGUACGUCCGGUACAAGCAGGUGAUGGCGCUGAAUCCUGACAAGCCACGCCUUCUCAAGCUCAACACGGCCGGCCUGGUGCUGGGCCUGAUCAGCUCCUUCGGACUCUGCAUCGUCGCCAACUUCCAGAAAAACACCAUGAUUUCCAUGCACUUGGUGGGGGCCAUCCUGACGUUCGGGAUCGGAACGCUUUACAUCCUGUUCCAGACCAUCAUCUCCCACAAGAUGCAGCCCCACAUCCACGGCAUGGGCGUCUUCUGGGUGCGGCUCUGCCUGGGGCUCUGGUGUUUAGCCAGCAUAGUGACUAUGUUCGUCUCCUCUGUGAUCAUGUACAGCAGCCUGCCCGGAGUUGACUUGGCCAAGAAACUGCACUGGAACCCAGAAGACACAGGCUAUGCUGCUCACAUCGUCAGCACGAUCUCAGAAUGGUCGCUGGCUUUCUCCUUCCUCAGCUUCUUCCUCACGUACAUACAGGACUUCCAGAAGAUCACGCUGCGCGCCGAGGCCACCCUGCAGAGCCGGCACCUCUUCAACGGGCCGCAGUUCAACGUGAACGUGCGCAGCGGAGAGAUCACGCCGCUGCUCACCGGCUCCAUCUGAGCAGGGACUCUCGCACGGGGACAGCAAGCACGGGCUCCGGAUCCAGAGGAGGAGGCUUGUCAAGGGCUGAAGCUUGAUGCUUCUGUAUCCGUGCUCAAGGAUAAGGGGAGCAGAGCUUCACUCUUACUUUUGAAACGCCUCAGUUUGUUUGUUUUUUUAAUCCUUGCCGCAGCUGAUUGCAUCAAAACAAAAACCAGCGCUUGUUCCGCUUCCAGCUCUGUACCUGUAUGCAGUGCAGUGAAUGCAGCAGUGCAGUGAAUGCAGCAGACCCCUCAACUGCUUUCUUCAACAUCCUGAAGGAGGAUGGGUCCUUGUUUUUUUGCGAGACAAAGAGACAGUUGUCUGUACAAUAUUGUUUUUACUUUUUGAACUGUGCAGUAUCACACGAGGUACGAUCUGGAAAUCCUCUUAUAUCUUACAAAGGGUAGUGAAAGUCCAGGUCCUACUGUGUGUUUAAUCUGUGUCUCAAAACAGCCAGCCAGACACACACGACGCCCUUUCCAUUGCUACACCUUAAUAAACUCUGUAACUACUCCAUCGACGAGUGAUCUGUGAA